AUGUCUUCUUAUUGCCUCACUGCCUCCUUCCCUUCGUGCCUCCCUGCCUCACGCCUCUCCCUGUGUCCGCUGCCGAUUGUGACAGCCAUAGGCCAUGCAGGAACAGACAGGGAAAGCACUGAGGCUGUGUGUGUACUAUUUUGCCUUUCACAGCCUCCAUUCAUCCGCCUCCCUACCUCCCUGUCACCCUACAUCCCCGCCUCCCUGUCCCCCUGCCCCACUCCCUGCCAGGUGUGGGAGCCGUAUGCGGUGAAGGUGCGGACGGUAAAGACGGCCAUCGAGGCGGCGUGCAUGCUGCUGCGCAUCGACGACGUCGUCAGCGGGCUCAAGAAGAAGCAGGCGGGCGGCGCACCAGGAGGGGGCAAGCCGCAGCUGGACACGGGGGAUGACGUUGACUCGGAGCAGAUGCUGGCCGAGUGA